CGCGCGUAGUCGACUUCGAAUAUGCUUGCAGAGAAUCUGCCGAAGAGAGCAAGCAGAUAGCAAUCGUGUGGCAAAACUCACCACCACCCAUCAGAACGCUGUCCUCUAGAUUUGGACAUCGCCCUCAAUGCAUUGACGUCCCUCAAGCCUGUUCGCUGUUCGGCCUGAUGCUGAAAAGUUCAGUUGACUCAUUUGGCCGGUUUAUCUCUCCCCGGUACGCUAUUGCUCUCAAGUUCUCUGCCUCAGUUUGCUAUCAAUUUUCACCCGCCACCAUAGCUCUAUCAGUCUCAGCUCCUUCCUCCCUUGUUGGGUUGGUGGGAAAAUGGAGGAAGACCCACCAAAACAAGAACUUGACACGCCCCCUCCGUUUCAGCACCACCAGCCAAGCAUCGUUUCCAAACCCUAAGAGCUCCGCUGCUCCCAUGGAGGUGGAGAUCAAGCUCCGCCUCCCGGACUCCACCGCUCACCAGAAGCUCUCGGACGCCCUCUCCCCCUUCCACGUCAGAACCCUGGCCCAAGAGAACAUCUUCUUUGACGGCGAGGGCUCGGAGCUUGUCAAGAACCUCGCCGCACUGCGCCUCCGGUUUUAUGACCUCGAUUCCCGCUGCGUCCUCUCCCUCAAGGCCAAACCUGUUAUCUCGAGCGGCAUCAGCCGCGUCGAGGAGCAGGAAGAAUCGGUAGACCCUUCUGUGGGCCGCGCGUGUGUCGACGAACCAGGGCGCCUUUUGUUGUUUGGUUCAUCGGAUAUAAUCAAGAGAGUGAGGGAAGAUUAUAAUGUGAAGGGGUUGGCGUGUCUGGGUGGAUUUAGGAAUGUGAGGGCGGUGUAUGAUUGGAAGGGAUUGAAAUUGGAGCUUGAUGAGACUCUAUAUGAUUUCGGGACGAGUUACGAGAUUGAAUGUGAGAGCGCUGAGCCAGAGAGGGAUAAGAAAUUGAUCGAAGGGUUCUUGGAGGAGAAUGGUGUAAGGUAUUCUUAUUCAAAUGUCAACAAGUUUGCAGUUUUCCGGUCGAGGAAGUUGCCUGACUGAUUGAUAAUGCGGUGUAAAAGCCUCAGUUAUUGUGCUUCGGUUGGUGUAGGUAUGAUCUAGUCUCUUACGUAUUUGUGACCUUCUGGCUAUAAUAUCCCUACCCAGAAUAUGGGAUUUCAGCAGAAGAAAUGCAGUGUGAGCAUUCAUUAAUUGAUUGGAAUAUAUCUAGUGGUUAA